AGACGCCGGGGUUGGGAGUGGAUCCUCGCCGCAGUAGCGGGAGGAAGCCUCUGGCCCGCAGUGGGGCCGCAGCGUAGGAGCAAGUCCCAGGAGGCCCCGCCGCCCCGCGCCGAGAUGUGGGAUCGCCUUCACGAAACUGACCCGACCCCUGCCCCUUGGUACCGUCAGCGCUGUUUCUGCGCUGCGGUGCUGGGGCUGGCCGCCGUCUUCUUCACCUUCGGCUUCCUCCUGGGAUGGUUUAUAAAAGCCCCCAAUGCAGCUAACGUGUCACAGCAUAAUGUGAAGACAUUUUUGGAUGAAUUGAAAGCUGAGAACAUCAAAAAGUUCUUAUAUAAUUUUACACAGAUUCCACAUUUAGCAGGAACAGAACAAAACUUUCAGCUUGCAAAGCAAAUUCAAUCUCAGUGGAAAGAAUUUGGCCUGGAUUCUGUUGAGUUAGCCCAUUAUGAUGUCCUGUUGUCCUAUCCAAAUAAGAUUCAUCCCAACUACAUCUCAAUAAUUGAUGAAAAUGGAAAUGAGAUUUUGAACACAUCAUUAUUUGAACCACCUCCUCCAGGAUAUGAAAAUGUUUCAAAUGUUGUGCCACCUUAUAACGCUUUCUCUCCACAAGGAAUGCCAGAGGGUGAUCUUGUAUAUGUCAACUAUGCACGAACUGAAGACUUCUUUAAACUAGAGCAGGACAUGAACAUCAGUUGCUCUGGGAAGAUUGUGAUUGCCAGAUAUGGGAAAAUUUUCAGAGGAAAUAAGGUUAAAAACGCCGAGCUGGCAGGGGCCAAAGGGAUCAUUCUGUACUCAGACCCUGCAGAUUACUUUGUUCCUGGGGUGGAGCCCUAUCCAGAUGGCUGGAAUCUUCCUGGAAGUGGUGUCCAGCGUGGAAAUAUCUUAAAUCUCAAUGGCGCAGGGGACCCUCUCACACCUGGUUACCCAGCAAACGAACAUGCUUAUAGACGUGAACUCUCAGAAGCUGUUGGCCUUCCCAGUAUUCCUGUUCAUCCAAUCGGAUACUCUGAUGCACAGAAGCUCCUGGAAAAAAUGGGUGGAUCGGCACCACCAGGCAGCAGCUGGAAAGGAAAUCUCAAAGUGCCCUACAACGUUGGGCCUGGCUUUGCAGGAAACUUUUCUACACAAAAAGUUAAGAUGCACAUCCAUUCCAACAAUAAAGUGACAAGAAUUUACAACGUGAUCGGAACUCUCAGAGGAGCAGUGGAACCAGACAGAUACGUCAUUCUUGGAGGUCACCGUGACUCGUGGGUGUUUGGUGGCAUUGACCCUCAGAGUGGAUCAGCUGUCGUUCAUGAAAUUGUGAGGAGUUUUGGAAUACUGAAAAAAAAAGGAUGGAAACCUAGAAGAACAAUUUUGUUUGCAAGUUGGGAUGCAGAAGAAUUUGGUCUUUUUGGUUCUACUGAGUGGGCAGAGGAGAAUUCCAGACUCCUUCAAGAACGUGGUGUGGCCUAUAUUAAUGCCGAUUCUUCUAUAGAAGGAAACUACACUCUGAGAGUUGAUUGCACCCCACUGAUGUACAGCUUGGUAUACAACCUAACAAAGAAGCUCCAAAGCCCUGAUAAAGACUUUGAAGGCAAAUCUCUUUAUGAGAGCUGGAAUGCAAAAAGUCCUUCACCAGAGUUCAGUGGCCUGCCCAGGAUUAGCAAGUUAGGAUCUGGCAAUGAUUUCGAGGUGUUCUUCCAAAGACUUGGAAUUGCUUCAGGCAGAGCACGAUAUACUAAAAACUGGGCAAUAAACCAAUUCAACAGCUACCCACUGUAUCACACUGCCUAUGAAACAUACGAAGUGGUGGAAAAGUUUUAUGAUCCGGUUUUUAAGUAUCACCAUGCUGUGGCCCAGGUUCGAGGAGGGAUGGUGUUUGAACUAGCCAAUUCCAUAGUGCUCCCUUUUGACUGUCGUGAUUAUGCUGUAGCUUUAAGAAAGUAUGCUGACAAAAUCUACAAUAUUUCAAUGAAACAUCCACAAGAAAUGGGAACAUACAACGUGUCAUUUGAUUCACUGUUUUCUGCAGUGCAGAAUUUUACAGAAAUUGCUUCUAAGUUCAGUAAGAGACUCCAAGAUUUGGACAAAAACAACCCAAUAUUAUUGAGAAUUAUGAAUGAUCAACUGAUGUUUCUGGAACGAGCAUUUAUUGAUCCUUUAGGGUUACCAGACAGGCCUUUCUAUAGGCAUGUCAUCUAUGCUCCAAGCAGCCACAACAAGUACAAGGGAGAGUCAUUCCCAGGAAUUUAUGAUGCUCUAUUAGAUAUUGAAAACAAAGUGGAUCCUUCCAAGGCCUGGGGAGAAGUGAAGAAACAGAUUUCUAUUGCAGCCUUCACAGUGCAGGCUGCAGCAGGGACGCUGAGAGAAGUAGCCUAAGGCAUUUCUGUAGAGAAUCCAUUUGAAUUGGUAUGGUCUAUCACUCAGAAAGAAUCUUCAUGGGAGCACUGAUAAACUAAAAAUUAAAGUUGUAUGUAUCUUAGUAUUCUCUCUUCUCUCGGUGGAUCAAAAAGGGAGAUGGGUGAUUUUUAUUUUAUAAUUACAGAAAGUUAUUUCUGAAGUUGAACUACAUGUUAAAAUUAAGGAAAACAGCCUAAUAUAUUAAAACUUGUAUGUAGCAUUGUCAGGGAACCGAGUCUAAUUCAGCACUUACAAACGUACUCUUGUCAUUGCUCACAAAGAAAACAUCAAUUUGUGAUAAAGCACACAGGAGAAUUCACAGGGCUGCUCCAAGCCAGAGGCCUCUAGCUCUGCCUGGCCCCCAAGGCUGAGAGGAUACUAUCUUAGCACACUAGUUGGACAACAGUGGUCUGAUCACACUGCUAGUAAAUAUAGUCAUUCUAUACCAUAAGGGGUAAUAACUUAUACUUCAUUUAUACCAAAGGGUAUCGAUAACAUGUAUGUGCAGUGAAAAAUAGUAAAGAAAUGAAUAUUUGUAACGCUCCCCCAUAACCAGAUGGAGAAAAUGAAUGUCACAGUGUCUUUGGAUCCACCGUGUACUGUCAACCAGUGUGCCUUCCUCUUCUGCCAGAGAAACUCACUUUCUUGAAUUGUAUGUUAAUCUUUCUUGUUAUUUAUAAUUUAACCCACAUGGCUACAUCCCCUACAUCUUUUUGGCUUUGUGUAUUUUCCAAAUUUUUUAUAAAUAAAAUCAUAUCAUGUAUA